GCCCCUCCGCAUUGGCGCACCGGUCAGGAGAGAGAAAACCGGAGAGAGAGAGAGAGAGAGAGAGAGGAAAGCAUGACGCUACUCGAACUAAAGACCGCGUCUUCAUCUCCUUCUCCUUCCCCUCCUUCUCGUCUCGCUGUCGUUCAGGCUGUUCGGCGGAGCUAGAAUUCGCCGAGCUUUUCCUCUGUUGUGAAGAAGUUCAUUAUUAAUUGAAUAAUUCAACUCGUAUCAAGUGAAUUAUGGGCGAGGAAGGUUUGGCAAAUGCAGCUUCUGAAUCAGAAGCAGUAGUAGCACCUGCAGAGAACGGAAGUGUACCUCGCGACAGCAUUGUAAUGACUGAAAGAAAAACUGAGGAAAGUAAUGGAGUGAAAGAAAAGGGAGAUGAUAAAGAUGAAGAGAAAGUGGAGACUGAGAAAGCGGAUAUAGGCCAGGAUUUAAAGGAAGGCUGUGAUAAGAAAGAACAUAAAGAAGAGGAAGAACCUAAAACGGAAGAGUUGAAAGAAGAAGCUCCUGCUGAAAAAAAGGAGAAGGUACCUGAGGAAAUGAAGGAAGAUGAGGAGAAUGAUGAGGAGGGGACUAAGGGGGUUAUUGAUGGGGUAAAAAAUGGGGAAGGAAAGGAUGAAGAAAUUAAAGAGGAGAAGCUUGGAGAAGAGAAGGAAGAAGAGGCUGAAGAAGAAAAGAAUGAUGAAAAGAAGGUUGAGGAGAGUGAGGAGAAGGAACAGGAGAAGACCGAGAGUAUGGAGGAGCAGACUGUGACAGAGAAGGCUGAGCAAAGUACAGAGGAGAAAGGGACAAAAAAGCGUAGGAGGCAGAGGACUGCUGGGGGGAAAGUUGAAGGAAAUAAGAAGAAGGAGCUUGACAGGACCCCUAGGACUCCUACUGUAGAUCGUCCCGUACGAGAGAGGAAGUCUGUAGAGCGGUUGGUGGCAUCUAUUGAGAGAGAUGCCUCUAAAGAUUUCCAAAUAGAAAAGGGCCGUGGAACACCAUUGAAGGACAUACCCAAUGUGGCUUUCAAAUUGUCAAGAAGGAAGACAGAUGACACCUUUAAGCUGCUGCAUAACAUCCUGUUUGGGAGGAGAGGGAAGGCAUUCCAGAUCAAGGGUAAUAUAUCAAGGUUUUCUGGUUUUGUAUGGCAUGAUAAUGAGGAAAAGCAGAGGAAUAAGGUGAAGGAAAAAUUUGACAAGUGUACUAAAGAGAAAUUGCUCGAAUUGUGUGAUGUACUUGACAUAUCAGUCUCAAAGACAUCCACUAGGAAGGAAGAUAUUGUUACGAAGCUGAUUGACUUCUUGGUGGCUCCUCAUGCCACGACAACUGUGUUACUUGCUGAAAAAGAGUCUGGGAAGGGCCAAAAGCGCAAGAGGGUGGUGAAAGGAACUUCAUCUGCAUCGAAGAGUUCCUCAAGGCGGACAGUCAAGAGUCGAAGAAAGAGUGAGGAUGAUUCGAAAAAGGAAAGAAAGAAGCCUGCUUCUGAUACAGAAGAUGAUUCGGAAGAAGAGAAGGAAGAAGAGCAAGAAGAUGAACAAGAACAAGAACAAGAAGAAGAACAAGAAGAAGAACAAGAAGAACAAGAAGAAGAACAAGAAGAGACUGAAAAUGGUGUUCCAGAAAAGUCUGAUGAGGAGAUGCCAGACCAAUCAGAAAGUGAGGAAAAAGAGGUCUCUGAUGAUGAGUCUGAGGAAGACAGGGAAAAGAAAAGAAUCCGUGCAAAAUCAUCUGCUAAAAAAGAAACUGUUGGAAAAACCAAAAGGAGGAGAAGUUCGGUGUCAAACAAAUCAAGUCCACCACCCAAAGCAACAACAAAGAAAUCAUCAUCAAAGCGCACAAAGGUUGAUGACAACAGUGACAGUAGUCCUACGGUAUUCUCUAGGAAGAAGAACCAAAAAGUAACCAAGAAGUCUUUGACACCUGCAAAGUCUGCCUCCAAGGAGAAACCUGGGAAAAAAGGUGGCAGAGGAAAGGACAAAUCAAAGGAAGGGAUUGUCAAGCCCAGCAAUGUUGAGCUUCGAAAUGCAAUUUGUGAAAUUCUUAAGGAAGUUGACUUCAAUACGGCCACUUUCACCGAUAUUCUCAAACAGCUAGCGGAGCAAUUCGACGCAGAUCUCACCCCGAGAAAGUCAUCUAUAAAGCUGAUGAUCCAGGAAGAGCUCACUAAACUUGCCGAUGAGGCUGACGACGAGGAUGGAGAAGGUGAUGCUGAGAAAGACGAACCAGCAGCAGAUGCCCCGGAAGUGAAGGCCUGACCCGUAAAAUACAGUGUAGGUAGUUGUAGUUUUUGUGUCUAGUUUUUCGCAUUGUGCAUCUUGUACCGACUGUUUAGUAGUUGUGAAAGAGCCAGCUUUCAUGCAAAGUGAUUUGUACAUGCUGGCAAUCUAACUUAUAAAUUAAGAAGAGGAUGUAUCAAUUACUCAGCUGCUCGGGCAGUGCCGCAACUAGCUUAUGUUCAAAUUCAAAACCAUGGGGACUUGAGAAAACUUGUUUCCA